UCGUCGAUGACUCGCAAGGCUGUGCUCACACAACCCAAUAUAACCUGACAUUGCUGCCCAAAUGAUCAUAUCUAGAAGCUAUCUACCUUUGCCAUCGGUUAUAGCGAAAUCCUCUGAAACAUCGUUACUUGUAGUAUCUGCUUCAUUGCAACCAUGAGUGCUCUCGAAUGCAGCUCAAGUGACUCGGACGACAAUAACAAUCCCGCUCCGCCACUUCGAGGGGCUAAGUCGAAGUCCAAGAAGAAGAGGUCUCUACCACCUCAGGAGACCAUCAACAAAAUAUGGUCUCGUUUCUCCGCCUCGAGGUUCAGCAAGGCAACUGUGAUUCUGCCGCAGAUCUCCGGCUCUUCACAAACCGUCGCACCCUCUAACCCUCGUCCGAACAACCUACUGGUUUCUGAGGAUUUUGAAAGAGCGGUGCUAGAAUGCCGGACUAGGGUCAGGAAACUUAUAAAGGAGUGCAAGAGGGUGAAUAUGCGAUACCGCGAUCCAGAUUUUGACAUCGACUGGGAUCUGAAGUGGGAGAAAGGGCACUGUCUCAACGGACUUGUAGACCCCAAGUUCGAGAUAAGUAGGCACGCAUUUGAGAGUCCAACUUCGAUGGUACCGAAAGCUGUGAAGAGGGUUCAUGAAAUAUUCAAUAAGCCGACAUUCUUGAAAGAGAAGAUAUCUCCAGCUGAUGUUAUGCAAGGCAAUCUCGGCAAUUGCUGGUUGAUGGCCAGUCUGACGGCUUUGGCGAAUAUGGAGGUUGGCAUUCAAAGGAUCUGCGUUGAAUAUGACACAAAAAUUGGCAUCUACGGAUUUGUAUUUCAUCGAGAUGGCGAAUGGAUAAUAUCCAUAAUUGACGACAAGCUGUAUCUUAAAUCACCAGAUUGGGAUUCACCAUCCGUUCAACGUCAUUUGCUAGAGCAAAUCGACCGAGAAGAUGUUGAGAAAGAGUAUCGAAUGACUUACCAGACCGGGUCCCAGGCCUUGUUCUUCGCGCAUUGUCGGGACCAGAACGAAACCUGGCUACCCUUGUUGGAAAAAGCAUAUGCAAAAGCACAUGGUGAUUAUGCUGCAUUGUCAGGAGGCUGGAUCGGUGAGGGACUAGAGGAUCUCACCGGUGGAGUUACAACAGAACUCCUGACAUCCGAUAUCCUGGACACUGACGAGUUCUGGGAUAAUGAGAUUCUCAAGGUCAAUAAGGAGUUUCUGUUUGGAUGUUCCACCGGCCUUCUUGACGGCGGCUAUGGCAGUAGAGAUGGUAUUACUGAAGGCCAUGCCUAUGUGAUCAUGGACGCUCGGAAUCUAUCCACCGGGGAACGACUCGUAAAGCUUAGAAAUCCGUGGGGCAAAGGCAAGAAGGGUAAUUGGGAAGGGCCCUGGUCCGAUGGGAGCAAAGAAUUCACACCCGAAGCUCAAAGAGAAUUAAGCCAUAAAUUUGGCAACGACAGCGUAUUUUGGAUCUCUUUCGAAGAUCUCCUCCGCAAAUAUCAACAUUUCGACCGAACACGGCUGUUUAUGGACUCUGCAGGUUGGCGCGUGACCCAGAAAUGGAUCAGUGUAGAAGUACCCUGGCACGCCAAAUUCGAGGAAAAGUUCCAGAUCAUAUUAACGAAGGAAUCACCUGUUGUAUUAGUCCUCAGCCAGCUCGAUGACAGAUAUUUCAAUGGACUGCAGGGACAGUAUAGGUUCAGACUACAAUUCCGGUUGCAUGAAGCCGAUUCUCCUGGCGAAGAAGACUACAUUGUGCGAAGCCACGGCAAUUAUCUGAUGGAACGCAGUGUAGUUACGGAGCUCAAGAGCCUCAGAGCGGGCACAUACUCGGUUUCUGUCAUGGUAGCGGCUGAUAGAGAUAUAAACAUGCCGUCCGUCGAAGAUAUUGUCAAGGAACAAUGCCAGCAAAAAGUUGACAAUGAUAAAUUGGCUCAGGUUGGAAUGGCGUAUGACUUCGCUCAUAGCAAAGGAACUGCACACAUGGAAUCUAGAGCUACCGCCCGCCGAGCGCAGGAAAAGAGAGAGGCGAGAGAGGCCCGGAUCGCAAUUCGAAGAAAAAACUGGGAGAAGAGGCAUCUGACUAGAGAUAUUAUUCGAAAGCAAGAGAAGAAAAAUCGUGAGAAGCGGGAGUUAAAGCAGUCUAAGGACGCCGCAAGAGCCCGGGAGAAAGAAGAAAAGGGUCCAAAAGACGCGGCUGUUCAAACAGAGGACGUCAAGGAGGUGAUUGAAAAGGAGGGCCAGGAGGGCCAGGACGCACAAACCGAAGCGCCGCCAAAGCCUGCCACAGAGUUGGAAACACAGUCUUUGAAUGGCAAUGGUCAGGGAGUACAAACCGACAACAUGUCCACUUCAUUCAUCGAGUCUCAGGGUACACCCGAAACGCCCAAGAGCGGCCUUAACACUCCACCAUCACACAUAACCAUCCCUAUCCACUAUCAAGGAGGGCCGCCCGCGCCAGAGCCACCUUACAGGUCACGCCAAAGUAAAGACUCAUCGACCCAACGCUAUCCACGGAGUUUGCCUCAACAUAGCAGAUAUAUCACCUCUGAUGGCGAGUCAAGCGCUAGUCCUAUCUCUGAUUCCGAUGAUAUGUAUAGCGACAACGACUCGACACUCAAGCCAAGGCCGGUCAACUCCCAGACCUCUACUGCUAAUAAGAAGGUCAAGGAGAGUGAUGAAGACGAGCCAGAGCCAUGGAAUGCGGUUUGCAUUGUAGGACUCAGAGUGUAUAGUAAGGAUGAGGGGCUGGAAGUUAAGGACUUUGAGGAGGGUAUUGAUGAUUUGGUCAAGAUAGAUGAGAAGAAAGAGGAGGAAGACGGGAUGGAUGGGACAGAUGCGGAUGUUGAGGAUCAUGGGGAUGGGAAGGAUGGGGAGGAUGAUGAAGUGGUGAAUGAGAAGAAAAUGGAUGUGGCUGGGAAGUAGAAUGAUAAUGUGGGAGGUGAAAGAGGGUAAGGGAGAAGAGCUUAAGAGCUCAAGCUUCCAAUUGAAUCGAAUUCUGAUGGCCCAUCAUGAUUAAAAAAAGAAAGGGGGAAGUCCUGGUCUUGCGUUAAGCGGGGGGUACUCUAUCUUCGAACGGCGGGGCUGGGAUACCUCAAAACAACCCUCUUGUCUCUGGCUACGAAGACAGGGAGAUAUGUCAUUUUUAAGAUGGUUGAGCGCGUAAGAAUCUUUUGUUCUGUUCAAUUUGCCCAGGCUCUAUAUGCCUCUCUUGUAUUGUAUUAAUAUGUGCAAAACAUCCAUCUAUAGGGAUGAUUUUGAAGAUUUCCUGUCUCUAAUCACUUGACGUGAGGUAGUAG